CUAGGCCGCCCCGCGGUUGCCAUGGUGACCGCGCACCCGGAAGUGCCGUGAGGGGGAGGCCGCGGCCGCCCCGGCCCCUCUGAGGCCGCCCCCGGUCAUGGCCCGGGGGGCAGGAGAGGCGGCCGCGGAGGGGCAGCUGGGAGAUGACAGCCUGUCCGUGAUAACCUGUGAAUCAGAUGCAGAAAUGAAGUUAAAGAAGAGAAUUCUUCACAAGCCUCCAAAGUCACCAAAGUCUCCGUACAGCUCUAGCACACAACUGUAUCCUAAAAAAACUGCCGUUUGGAGAUCUCUGCAGGGAACAGGCAGUGCACGUUUUGAGAACGCAGCUGUAAAAAACCCAAGGCAGAUGUGGCUGGGAUCACUGAAACAAGGAGUGAGCCACCCCCUGAAAUCAGAUGUUGACGUGGGGCAUGCGCGAUCUAGUGUUUCUAGUAGCACUCCAGAGUAUUUGAAGGAAGCUCUAGGAAUGAAGAAGCCAAAACAUUCCCGUUCUUCUAGUAAUGGCUACAUUCCUGGAACUCCUGACUACAAAGAAAAAGAAGAUAUGUAUGAUGAAAUAAUAGAACUUAAAAAGACAAUACAAGCUCAGAAAAAUGAAGGAGAUCGAAUGAAAACUAAGCUUCGUCGACUGGAAGAAGAAAAUAACAGAAAGGAUAAACAGAUUGAGCAACUGUUGGAUCCUUCCAAGUGCUCUGAGCUGGCACGAGCUUUGUCAGAAAAGAAGUCUGACAAUGGAUGGGUGGUUAGUGGAUUAAAGCAGAAGGUUCUCAAGCUAGAACAACAGUGCAAGGAGAAAGACAACGCUAUCAACAAAUUCCAGUCAGACCUGAAGACCAAUAAUUUGGAAGAAAUGAGGAUAGCAAUGGAAACCUACUAUGAAGAGGUUCAUCGUCUCCAAGUCCUCCUGGCAAAAUCUGAAACUAUGAGGAAAAAUACAGAGGGCAGAGAUACCCAAAAACGACUAAAGGCACUGAACGCUGCUGUCCUGAGAUUAUCCCGGAACAUCAAGGAAUUACAGGAUGAGAAUCGGAGUUUGAAAGAAGAUCUAGAUCAUGUAGUGAGCACUUCUCUUGCAUCCAAUAAAACAAAAAAUUACAGUGAAUGGAGCAAGCAGAGGCUGGUGAGGCGGAUUUUGGAACUAGAAAAGAAACUAGGUGCCAUGGAGAACACCAGGGUAUCACCAGCAGAUAGUGAGUCAUCCCAGUUACUUGCUGUGUCAUCUUCACCUUCUGCAGACCUGGAUCAUCCAGACUCUCAACAGGUAGACCACGUUAAAGAAUGCCAUCACCUCCGAGGGCUAGUGAAGAAACUGAAGAGUGACAGGAGAGCACUUCAAAAUCUCCUACUUAGUAAAGAAUUAGAUAUCAAGCAGUUGCUGCAGGCAAAGGCUGAAGUGGAGUUGGAGCUGCAGAAGUGGCAAAAUAAGAAAGAAGAAAAAAGUAUGGAAGAACAGACUUCAAGUGAGGAAAUCCAGAUCCUUACACGGAAAGUUGGGAAAUCAGAAGCAACAUUGGAGGAAGAAAAGAGUGAAAUGACAGAAGAUACAAUGGAAAAGCUUAAUAAGUCCUCACCAGUCUGCACGGUUAAAGGUGAAGAAGAUCAUAGGAAGGAACAAGCAGCCAGAUGCAUUCAAAGGUGGUGGAAGUUGUACCAAAACAAGAAAGAAGAAAUUGCACUGUAUGAGGCAGUUGUUGUGCUUCAGGCAGCUUUCAGAGGACAUUUAGCUCGACAGAAACUGUUACUGAAUAGUGGGAUGCAUGAUGCAAAACCUCACAACAUGCAUAGCCUUGGAAAAACGAACUCCUGUAUGUCUCGUGUGUCAAACUCUUUGAGCUCAUCUUCUGACUGUGAGGAGAAAGAGGAGACUGUGACAUUCAUCCAGUCCAUUUUCAGGGCUCACUUAGCACGUGCUGUACUGCUUGAGGAGAGACCCUUUGUGUCCAGUGCAACAAGUGAGAAAGCAGAUUCUGCUGUCUACGUUACAGAGAAGAAACCAGUCUCAGCAGUACUCCAGAGAACUCCUCCAGUCAUCAUGUCACCUCUUGCCAGGUCUUCUGAGAAGCAAUCACAGCCCACUCUCUCUCUGUCUGUGGAUGAAGCUCACUCAGAUGAUUCAGAUGAUAUUGUCAUCGUUUCUCCAUUGUUACGGAUGAAGAAGAACUCCACCCACUUUUGUAACGGGCCCCGAUGAUCUUGAAUUAUUUGAUUCACAAACAAAAAUAUUUCUACGAAGGUAAAGCAUAGCAAAGAGGAAAAGGAGGAGUAUUAGCCUGCAGUUGUCAUUAUUUCAGAUGUAAAUGAAUAAUUGUUUGAUAUGUCUGACUACAUGGCUAAAAGCCUCUGACUGUCCAUUAUGCUUAUCCUUCUGGUAUGGAGAGUUUGAAGUUUAAAAAAGACUAAAACAAAACAAUGUUUUCUCUCACAGAUUCAAAUAUCAAUUUUAAAUGAAAGCAAUAGAGACUUAAAAUAUUUCAUGUCAAACAAAGUCUUGUUUCAGGUUGGCUGAAAUACUUUGUUUAAUCAGAAAGUGAAAAAUAACUUGGCUCCGUUUUUCAGCUUGUGUAUGUGAAGGGGAACAGCUUGUAUGUGCUACAAGGUCCUCUCUAUUUAAAAUUUUUAUAGUGUCAUAUUGUAAUAUGGUGGUUUUUUUCUUUUUACACUAAACAUUUAAAGUCUAUGCAGACCAAUAAAGGCUUCAAGGAAAUCAA